CCACCACCACUACUCCUACACCUACCACCACUACUGCUACACCCACCACCACCACUACCACACCCAGUACCACCUCCGCUAAUACAAUACCAACUACCACUACUACUGCACCCACCACCACCACCACCACCACCACUACAACACCGACACCCACCACCACUACAUCAACUGCAACUUUACCCCCUACAAUAACAACUAGCACCACCACAACCUUAGCAACCCCCACCAUCGACACCACCACAGACACGACCUCUCUUGACCCCGCCACGACUACAAGUGAUGACUAUUGGACGACUACAGAGGACGAUGACUCAGUGGUGACCCUUCCUGACGGUGACAACAACAGCAUCUUGGGCCUGUCCAUGUUUGAGUUCAUCGUCGUCCUUCUCUCCUCCUUCCUCCUCCUCCUCGUCCUCUUCACUUGCUUCCUCAUGCUGAUUUUCAAGAGGAAGAGGAGGAUCUACGUCAGAGUUGUCCCUUACACACCACGCGCAGCUCCUAUGAAAUUCCCUCGCACACCUUUGCCUCAAGUAAUACCCACGUCGGAGCUCAUCCCGAGGCCAAUACUACGGCAUACCUCACUUAGCAACGACAGGAAGCCUCGGUCCGUCAGCUGGGAGUACGGUGGAGAGCCCGGCGGAGGGAGGUGGGACGCAGGCAACCACAACCCAACACCCCAACGGCACUACAUCACCCUCGACGCCCAGCCAGUCCGCCACGACCCUGGGGAUGUCUAUAGCAUCUCCCAAGGCUUCGACUCCUGGGGGAAUGACAUGCAGAGACCCCAGGAGCCUACCAAUGCCCUCUGGCGAGACGCUCCCUGGGCAGAUAAUAACAUAUACGAGUGGCGCCGAUAAUGUGAUACUUAGGAAGGUUAUAUUCUUACACAAUUCAAUGCCCAAGCACAUAUAUUUGAUGAGGCUUUCGUAAGAGUUGUGGGAAUUUCCAUGGGUAGUUUUGUGACCCUGGUGGUAGUUUGACCAUUCUUCUGUACCGUGAACCUAAAAAGACACCCAUGAGAACCUGAUUGAUCUCCUCUUCGGCCUCUGGAAAUAGGUGAUGUAAGAGGAGGACGCGUCUGAGCAUACCGUGGGCAUUCCCAUGGGUAGUUUUGUGACCCUGGUGGUAGUUUGACCCUUCUUUUGUACC